AGACAAUGACACAUAUGCAUGACUAUUUUAAAAUCUAAAGGGUAUUAUAGUCAUUUCCAUCCUCUGCCAUAUAUGUCUUUGUCUGUCAUCUUUCGUUGUCAGUAUGCUUUAAAACAUCACAACUUUCUCUCUCUUGAAAAUCUAUCAUCUCUCUCCUUCUCUUGAAUCCCCUCAUCUUUCAUCUCUCUAUAUCUUGAAAUUGUUCACCAGCUUCAUCUUUGAAGUAAUCAUCUUCAAGAAACCACAAAUGAGGUGGUUGGUCGGUGGCGGAAGUCGGGUGUGCGAGGUGGUUGGUUGGAAGACGGUGGUGUGGGAAGUGGUUGGUGGGAGUUGUGCAGAGGCGGAACACGAUGGUGGGGCGGUGGUUGGUGGGAUUCUUUGCAACAGCCGCGGUGGUGUCCGGCCACCAUCGCCUGAAAAUGAACCGCCAUGGCCACCAUUCCUUCGAUGAGAGAGAAGGGGAACCAGAGAAGGAGAUCGGAGAGAGAGAGAGAAAGACGGCGGAGCUCCGAUCCGGUCAGCGAUGAGAGAGGAGGUGGUGGUGUUUGGACGAUGACCGUAAAGGUAGGGGUACGUCGGAGCUCCGAUCCGGUCAGCGACGACAACAAGUAUCAGUCCGAAAUCUGGUGGUGGAAUGUGAUUGUUUCGGGCCAGACUCAAGUAUGGUUCGAGUUUUUGUUCGGGUCAGUUGUGGGUCGAGUUUCGGGUCAGUGGGUGCGGGUUUGGUUCAACCCGGUUCGGAAGCUUCAGGUCGGCGGCUCAGUCAAACCGGGUCAGAUUCAGAGUUGUUCGGGUCAAGCAUCGGCUCGGUCUCGGUUCGGGUCUUGUUGUUCGGUAGCGAGUUAUUAUUACGUUAGUUUAGAUUUUAUUUAGUUAACGCGUAUCGAGCUCGAACCGAUACUUUAGUAACUUGUUACGUUUGGCAUUUUUGAUAGAAAUUUUAGUUGUAGACUACGCGAAUCGAGCUCGACCGAUACCUCUAGUGUUUAUCUAUGUUUUAGUUUGUCGAAAAUUUAUUAUAUAUUGAUUGAAUCAAUUGAAAUAUUGUUGAA